AUGAUAAAGGCACUGUACAAAAGUAUAGUUAACUUUUUAUUAUCGUCUUUUUUUGAAAAUAUUGAAGAAAAGCAGUUACAGACAUCUCUGAUAAGAGGAAAAGUACAUUUACAAAAUGUAAAAAUUAAAAAAAAUUUCUGUAAUUUUUUGUAUCUGCCUUAUACCAUCAAGUAUGGAUACAUCCGUUCGCUAGACUUACAGAUCCCCUUGUUGUACCUAUUUCAAAAAGCGACGUUAAAAAUAAGCGAUGUUGUUAUAGUUGUGAACGAAAAGAAUUUCAAUGACUUCAAUAUAGAUGAAGAAAUAAAUGGAAUAAAAGAAGCAAAAAAGAAUAAUUUAAAAAUUGAAGAUAUUAAUAAUAAUGAAAAUGAUUUAAAUAAGAAAAUAAAUAAAGGAAUAAAUUAUCUUUUGUAUGAACUGUAUAAUAAUAUGUCUAUUGAUAUUGAAAAUGUGGAAAUAAUAUUAGAGAGCUCAGAAAAGAAAAAAAAUAUUGUAGGUUUAUUUGUAAAAAAUAUUACUAGCGUUAAGAGUCAUAAUUUUGGAAAUAAGAUAUGCAAAGAGUUUUCAUUUGUUGAUAUUAUAUUCUAUAUGGAAGAUGAUAAAGCUAAAUAUGCAAUAAAUAAAAUAAUAAAAAAGGAAAAAAGGAAAAAAAAAAAAAAUAAAAAAAAUAUUAAUGAAGAAGAAAUGUACAAUAAAAUAAAAGAAGUUUGUAAUGAUUUACAUAAAAAUAAAUAUAUCAUUUCAGCUAUCCCUGGAAUUAUAUUCAGUACUAAAUUUUGUAUAAGUAAUUGUACGGAUUAUAUUUACAACAAUGCAAAAUUUAUUUUUAAAAAAAACAAUUACUUUGAUUUAACUUGCUCUCAUUGUCAUAAAUACCUUUUUCAAUGUAAACAAAUCAAACAAGAUAAGAAUAUUUUUCAAAAUAUAUUUAUAACAAAAGAAAAAAUUCAAGAAAGGAAUAAAGAGUUGCAUGCAGAACUGAAGAGCAAGGGCGACAACAACUCUGCAUUAGAAGCAAUAGAACAAAAAAAAAUUAAGAACACUGCAGGAGGGAGCACUCAAAUCGGCGGGAGUAACAGCGUCGAUGGGUGUAACCGCGUCGAUGGGUGUAACAGUGUCGAUGGGAAUAACAGCAUUGGUGGGAAUAACAGCAUUGGUGGGAGUAAUAACGUCGGAGGGAGCAACAACAUCGGUGGGAGCAACAACAUCGGUGGAAGUAACAACAUUGGUGGAAGUAACAACAUUGGUGGAAGUAACAACAUUGGUGGAAGUAACAACAUCGGUGGGAGUAACAACAUCGGUGGGAGUAACAACAUCGGUGGGAGUAACAACAUCGAUGGAAGUACUAAUGGCAGUGGCAAGGGUGGACCCACAGAUAUGGGCCAUGUGGAAGAUGAAAACAGUAACCCGUACUACGCUGAGAAUGAUAUACCAAAGGGUUUCAUUACGAAAGCACAGGAUAGUGAAAAAGUGCCGGAAAUUAUAGAUGAUGAACAAUUAAAAGACGAAAUGAACAAGAAAAGAAACAAAAUGAAUGAAAGAAAUAAGAGGAAUAAAAUAAGUAAGAGAAGUAUGUACUACCGAAUUCGAGAUAAAAACGAGUGUCACAUUGAAAAAAUUGACGUUUUGGAAGAGAAUAUAAAUAUAAGAGAAAAUGAAUACAUGAAUUUUGAGUUACAGAUAGAUAAAUUAAAUUUUAGAUUAUCCUUUAAACAACUAAAUUACAUUUUUGAAAUAAUAAAUUAUUAUGUUGUGUACAGCUGUUGUGUUAAUGGACUUAGUUUAGAAGAGUGGUUAAAUAUACCUGAGAUAAAGGAUAUAUUAAUAUAUAAAAGAGAAUUAUAUAAAAAGAAAAAAAAAGAAAAAUACGAUAAAGAUUUUAUUGAAAAAUUUGAAUACACACAUAGUUUCCAAAUCAUUUCAAGUUUAAAGAAGCUAGUAGAAAAAACAACAAAGGGAAGAGGAGAGUUUACUACUGCUACUUCUACUACUACCAAUUCAUCUACAAAACGGACCAAAGACAUAUCAGUUAAUUGUAGCCUUAAAAUUACUAUUAAGGAAGCUUGUUUAAAUAUAUACAGUUUUGGAAAAACUAAUAAAAUUCUUCAACUAAAUGUAAAUCAUUUUGAACAUAUAGUUAAAGCAUAUAUUAAUAAUGAUUUUGCUUAUCAUGUAUUACUAAACGAUGUUAGCCUUUUUUUUAUUUAUAAAGAUAAGAAAUAUCCUCUCUUAGAACUGAUAAGAGGUAACACCAUAUCAGAAAGAGGCAAAAAAGAUGAUAAAAAUAGGGAGAGUUUAAAAAAAACAAAAAGAAAAAGCAAAAACUACUUGUUCAACAUGAACCUGUGUAACAGUGCAAUUGGUAGUAUAAACAGAAUGAACAGUGUCAAUUUGCUUAGUGAUGUUAAUCUGGCAAGCAAUACCAAUACAACAAAUGAUGUUGAUGCUGCUAAAGGUGCUAUCGGUAAUAAUGAUGCUAAUAUUUCUUCCUUCCAAAGCAGCGAGUGCGUGGUCCCUACAAAGAACGAAGCGAAUAGCACGCUCUCUAGCGAUAAUAUAAAAACAAGUGAAACGAAAAAUAAAGACAAGCAGAAAAUAAAAAAUAUCAUGGAUGAAAGAACGGAUAGUAUAUAUUUAAAUAAUAACAACCAAGGAAAGAAUACAUAUGUACAAGAAGCAUCAUUAUCGUCAAACGACUCGGUUAGAGAGCCUUCCUUUUAUCUAUUUGUUUAUAAAAUAUUUGAUACUUCUCAAAGUAAAAUGUAUAUAAAAUGUAAUAAAAACAUAAUAGUUACCCUAAGUGUAAAAGAAAUAUAUAAUAUUUUGAAUUUAAAUUAUGACUAUAGAACUAUAGAUUUAGAAAAGAAAAUAAAAAGUUUUAAGAGUCUUUAUUAUUAUUAUUUAUUAGGGAAAAAGUAUUGCAAAGAAUUAUACAUAGCAUCAGAAAAAAAUUUUGUAGAUAUGAAUAUACAUUUUAUGAACAAUAUAUAUGUUAAUAUUAUUAUUAACAAAAAUUACUUUCUUCUAAUACGUUUAAAAAAUUUUUUUUUAAAUUCUUUUUUUUUUACAAAAACUAAUUUGAGAACUCAUCUUAACAGAUUGAUGAUGAUAACUGAGUAUAAGCAAAUGAAUAAAGGGGCUGAAGAUGUACAAGAAAAGUUCGACUAUGAAGGAAGCUGUUCUGCCAUUGACUUUGACUCUUCGUCUUGUAGCAUAUCGGCUAACGAGGUAGAAUCUGUGUAUUAUGACAACGAAAUUAGCGAAAGCAAAAGGAGUAGAGGUGGUACAGACAAGCAUAGUGAAAGAAGAAAUAACAACAAUUGUUAUGAAAAAAUAAGUAAUAGUCAUGAUGAUGGAGGAAGUAACAAUCGAAAUAUUAAUCAGAUGAAUGAAAAGGUGUUAGUUAAUUCACAACUUGGCACCGAUGAUAUUAGUGGAGGUUGGGGAAGUAUGAAAGAAGGAAAUGAUCUGAAGGGGAACAACUUAAAUUUAAGCAACAACACGAAUGAUAUUGAUACUUCUAGAACUAAUGUACAGCUUGACAGUAAUUUGUAUGAUGAUAACAAAGUGACAAUGAAAUAUAGGAAAUAUUAUGAAGAUUUUUUGAAACAUAACAAGUUAGAUGAUAUAGAGGCGGUCAGAAGGGCAAACAUGGGCAAUGCAUACUGUAGCUUCAGCACCACCGGAGAGGACGGCUUAUCCAGGGGAAACCCCAUCGCAAAGGAUAGCGGAAGUAAGGUUAGUGGGAUUAAGGUUAAUGGAAACAAGAUUAGCGGUAACUGUAAUAGAAGCAAUAAUAUCAGUGGUAACUGCAAUACAGGCAAUAACAUCGGCGAUAAUCUCAAUAGCGGUAGCAAGUACAGCGCUUUGUAUAGCUGCGAGUCAAAGGGGCCUCAAAAGAGGCAUGACAAUGGUGGUAGUAGUGGUAGUAGUGGUAGCAGUAAUAGUAACAGUAAUAAUAGUAAUAACAAUUAUAAUAAUAGUAAUAAUGGCAAAGUCCGCGGUGAGAGGUACAAUUUUGGUAGUGAAAAGAACGAGGUGGGCAUGGAAAAUAUAGAGUCCAACAGUACCAUGAAUAUAGAAGAACACAUGAAUGAGAAUGUGAAUAAUAAAAAAGAAGUAAAUCAGAGAGAGACUGGGGGGGAGGAAAGUCCCAUAAGUACAAUUGAACAGAAAAGGAUAAGUUUUGAAUUUUCUGUUUUUAUUCUUAAGAGUUAUAACAAUGAAAAAAUUCAAACAAUACUAUUACAAAGAAACGAAGCAAAUAAAAAAUAUAUAUUAAAACCACAAAAACUGUAUAUAGAUGAAAUAACAUACAACUUUAAAGAUGGAAAUGAUAAGAAGUUAACUUUUGCUUAUAGUAAUUAUAAACAUUAUUUAAGUUUUAACAUAGAUGAUAAAAUAAUUUUUAAAUUGAUUUAUUUUUAUUACCAUUAUAAAAAUUAUAUAGAUAACAUCUUUGAAAAGUUUGAAAACAAGGAAGCAUCGAACUAUCUGAACUUAAAUACUAUUGAUAUACGUAGUUAUAACACGUUACAAAUACUGUUAGAUAAUGCAGUUACAAAUAAUAAAAAUGAAAAGUGGACCCCUCAGGGUGGAGAAGCUUGUAAUAAUGGCAAUCAUCAUAAUAAUAGUGGUAAUGAAUGUAAUAGUAGAAAUCAUCAUAAUAGUGUUAAUCAACGUGACAGUGGCAAUCAUCCCAAUAAUUGUAAUGAACGACAAAACAGCUUUGUUCAUAAGUAUAACGAGAAGGGAGAAAGUGAUACUUGUUUUGAAAGUACGAUGAAAAAUAAAUGCACGUUGGCACUCAGCCAGGAAGACAAAGAUGUUGGUGUAUUUCAUGAAAAAUUCCAGUCUGUUAUUGAUGUGGGGAGUGUAGGGUUGGAGAAUGUAGAAGUUGACAGUGGAAAGGAUGGAAGUGGAAAGGAUGGAAGUGGAAAGGAUGGAAGUGGAAAGGAUGGAAGUGGAAAGGAUGGAAAUGGAAAGGAUGGAAGUGGAAAGGAUGGAAGUGGAAAGGAUGGAAAUGGAAAGGAUGGAAGUGGAAAGGGUGAAAAUGUAAAGACAGAUCUUCCAAAGACGGAAGGAGAAAAAAAGAGGGAAUGCACAGAAAGCAUGGUGAACUACUAUUCGUAUGAAAAAAGAGAAGAGCAACAUAACGUAAGAGCAUGUAAUAAGAACAGUAAUAGUAAUAAUAGUGAGUCAUGUAAUGGAGUAAAGCAAGAAAUAAUAUGUUUUGUAAACAAGAUAAAAGUGCAUUUGAAUAAUUAUAAAAAAAAUAAACGCAUGGUUUCAGCACAUCUUGCGGACAUUUUACUGUACAUAUAUAAUGAUGGAAACACUUUAACAUUCCUUUUUAACAUGAAAAAGUUUAGCGUUCUUAAUUGUUUAUUAAAUGAGGACAAUAACAUCAUUAGCAAUAAUAAUCAUAAUAGUAAUAGUAGUCAUAAUAAUUGUAGUAAUAGUUAUGACAAUGGUUAUGGCAAUGGCAUUGGUAAUGGCUUUGUCUCGCUCAUGGAGAGUAAAACGUUAUCAAAUAAGAUAAAUAAAAAGAUGUCAAAACAAAUUGAUAAGAAAAAAAGGAUGAGUAUAAAUAAUGGAAUUUAUUUUUAUAAUACAAUAUUUAAACUAGUACAUAAUGGAUGCUUCAUUUUUUCAUACUCAUCAAGAAACAGUCUACCGAAUACUACUCGUACAAAUUGUAAAAACAAACGUAACAUAGAUAAUCAAGCAUUAAAAGAGAAAAAUUAUUUUUCAAAUAAAAAGCAAGAAAACGAAGAAUUAAGACACGUUAGACAGUUUACAACAAAUGACUAUGAAACGUUGUAUAAUCUUUACUCGGAAAAAGCAGUUGAACCCAGAAAAAGGAUGAAGAUAAAUAAAUGUAAUAAGAAGAACAGUACAAACAUUGAUUUUUUGAAUACGAGUUAUUACAAAAAUUUGAACAUUGAUUAUUUUACUUUUAAUGCGGAGAAUGGUAAUGUCAAGAAUGAUAAUAAGGGGGGCGAUCAGUCUGUUGAGGUGGUUGCCGAAAAGGAGGGAGCACAAGAAAGUUUAAUUGUUAAGUUGAAUGACAGUACAGAGGGGAAAACUUGUUGUGUGGAAGAUGACAAGUAUGCCCAAGUGAGCACUGUAGAGGUACCUUCUGCAAAUAUUCAAAAGGAUGUUCAUUUAGAGUUAAAGAGCGAAUACAUUGCUAAUGAUGAAGAAGAAAUUACAAAUAAGGAUAGUCUUUAUAAUGAUAAUAACAAAGAUAAAGAGAACCUACGUGACUGCAGAAAUGAUCGAUAUAGGAGUUGCUUCGAGGAUAUGGAUGAAAUAGUAGGUGGGGGAGAUCCAAGUAAAAGUGGAGGUACGAACAGUUUGAUGAAUGUAUGUAUGCGUGAAAAUGAUCUUCAAGGAGCUAGUCACGGCCACGAUUUGGACGACAAACAAGAGAAGAAUGAUAGAGGUAGUGCCAAUGGCACAAUGACUACAACUACGGCUGUUGGCAUUGCUGCUAUUGAUAGUUCUACUGUAGGCAUUACUGCUGCCAACACUCAAGUUGCGCGAAAUGAAGUAAAAGAAUCGGUUACAAGAAAUAAAAGGCGCACAGAAUUCGAAAUUAAGGUUAAGGAUGUCAAGAAACUGAAACAUGUUAAUGUCAUCCUUAGUAAUGCUCCAAAUUUGAGUACAACACAUAGUCUGUAUGCGAUGAGAAGUAGUGAUGCGAUGAGAAGUAGUGAGUGCAACUCGACAUAUGUUUUUAAGAACAGUGCUUCAACGACGUUAAUGAUACGCAGCAAAAAUAAGGAGUAUGACGAGAUUUGUAAUGGAGAGGAGCAUCGGCAGGGUGAUGGUAAUAUUAACAGUGAUAAUAAUAUAAAUAAUAAUAUAAAUAAUAAUAACACCAUUAGUAAUAGUAAUAAUAAUAAUAAUAAUAACACCAUUAGUAAUAGUAAUAAUAAUAAUAAUAAUAAUAACACCAUUAGUAAUAGUAAUAAUAAUAAUAAUAAUAAUAAUAACACCAUUAGUAAUAGUAAUAAUAUCGAAGUGGAAGAAGAAGAAGAUGAUGAUAAUGAAGAGGAGGACGACGAAGAGGAAGAAACACGAGUUAAAACAAAAAAAAAUGAAAAUAUUAAAAAUAUAGAGUUCCAUUUAAUUAAUACAGAAUUCAUUAUAGAUUAUUUAUAUUUUAUAAAUUUAAUUACGUGGUUUAAUAAAAUAAAUAGAAAAUUUCAAAAAAUUAGAGAUUUAUCAGAUUUUACUUCUUCUAGUAAUAAUACCUCGAAUGAGAAUACUAAACUGGAUGAGGUAACUGUCAAAUAUAAUUAUAAUAUCUUUUUACAAAAUAAUAGAGUGUGUGUCCCAAUAUACAGCCUUUCUAUCUCUCAGUAUACCUAUUAUGACAACCUAAAAAACAAUUCGUACCUAUCACUUUUGCCCGUUUUGGAGUUUCAUUAUUCCUCAGAGAAAUCAGAAAACGUAAAAUCAAUACAGGUGCGAAAUUUGGGGAGCAAACUCAUGAUGCCUUCGAUAAACAUUUACAAACACAAAGUGAAUAAAAAUUGCAGUAUAUGUGUUCUAACGUUUAAUGAUAAGGAGAAGAAUAACGAGACGAUUUUAAAUGAUUUAAGGUUUCAAAUAUACAUAAAAAGAAAAGUAAAUUGUGAAAAUGAGGAAAAUGAAGGAAAUAAUAAUAUUAGCUGUGGAAAUAUGAACGGGGUACUAAACCUUGAACAUAGAUGUACGUCGUUAAAUACAUAUUUUUCAGCUGUUUCGAAUAGGAAAAGUAUGAAAAAGUCUGAUGAAUCAAGAGAUAUUAUUAGUUUUUACAAUGACCAUAUAAUUUUAAAUUUUUCGAAUGAAAUUUUGAAAAAUAUUAUUAUAUCUUAUAAUACUUUUUCCUACUUUUUGAGCUGUUGUAGUAGCGUGGAUGUGAAAGGUGGAGGUUGUCCUAAUGCUAGAAAUAUCAGUGAUGGUGGUAUUGGUGUGAUUAGUGGAAAUGUACAUGCAAAUGACCGCAUCCAUAGCAAUGUAAUUACAAAUGGAAACCUCGCAGAUAGCAACAACGGCAAGGGAGCAAUAAUGGACUUGCUGUAUUACAUGUACAACCAGAUGGACGACUUACUAUUUGAGUAUUUCCUUGAUGAUAUUCGAUUAAAUUUUUACGAUGGAAAUAGUAAUCGAAAUAUGCCUUUAAUAGUAGUCAGUCUAUAUAACUUGAAGUUGUUUCUUGAAAAAGAUAUAAAUAUUUAUAAUUUUUUAAAUUUUCAUUUGAGUAUGGAUGUGUAUGAUAGUUACAAUAUUGUAUAUGAAAGUUUGUUGGAAAAAAUGGAGUUAUUUUUAACCUUUGAAAAUUGUAAAAAGAAAAUGAAUUUUUUAAAUUUUAAAUUAGAAACAUCAUAUAUAAAUAUUUUAUAUACGAACAAGAGUAAGAAUAUAAUCAUUGAUCUUAUAAAAUCUUUAGUUGAUGGUACCAUGCCGUUGGUUACCCCUUCAUCUGGUUUUGUGAAGCAUGCACAUAUGAGCAGACACAACACGUUCACGUUAAAUAAUAUGAUAAUCGUAAAAAGGAAAAAAGAUCAAAUGGGAGAAGUGGGUGAAAUGGGUGAAGUGGGUGAAAUGGGUGAAGUGGGUGAAAUGGGUGAAAUGGGUGAAAUGAGUGAAAUGGGCGUAAUGGGUGAAAUGAGUGAAAUGAAUGAAAUACGCGAAAUGGAUAAAAAAAAAAAAUGGAACGUAAGCAUAAACAGGGGCAAAGGAAAAGGGGAGAAACUUACCCUGUCCCACGUCAUAACGUCUAAAAUAUAUAAUUACACGGGUAUUUCAAUUAACGUUAGAUUUAAACAAUCGCUACGAAAUAAAAUACAGAACAAUAGUUCAAAUAAUAAUAAAAAUAAAAACAAAUAUUUUUUUUAUGAGUUACAUAAUAAUGAACAUGGAGGGUUACUUAAUGACGAAAAUGGAGAAGUAUGCGAACUGGUAGUUAUCAUUAAAAUUUUUAAUUAUAUAUUUGAAAUAGUAGACAUUGAAAGGAAUAAGAAUACUUGUGAUAUUAGAUUCCUACCAAUUAUAUAUGAACUUAAGAAAAAAAAUGAGAAAAAAAAAAUUACCAUAAAAAAAUAUGAUCUUAAUUGUGAUAUGUACAAUGAACAUUCAGUUCGAAACAAAACAUUCAAAACCUUUAUCAAGUUAUACAUUCAGACGAAUAUUGAUGAAAAGGGAGUUGUGUCUAUAUAUUUUUCAUCAAACUUAUUUAUUAACAAUACUACUAAUAGUAAUUUUGUUUUAUUAUUUCAUCCUGUACUUUAUUAUUUUCUUUUAUUUACUGAGCAACGUAAUGUCCAUCAUCAACAUGAGAUUGAAAGCGCUGAUUUUAUAAAAACAUUCAGUUUGAGUACCGGUGUUACAACUAUAAAAUCGAGGGAAAAAUUUUAUCUUCCACUUAUUUCAUUUGUUCCUAUUAUAAUUUUGUAUGAUUAUUUGAAGAGAAAAAACAGUUCAGAGGAAAUCCUUGACAGUAGUAGACAUUCACCAAGUCGUAAUGAUAGUUACAGCAUAGGAAAGAAAAGGAAAGAGACAGAGAAGAACAAUCAAAGGGAGGAGAACCAUAAGGAGUAUGUAUACCCAGAUAAUAUGAACACGCAAAAUAAAUACAAUGGUAUUGACAACUUUUCAGGGAAUAAUGAACUAAGUUUUCGAAGUAAAAGAAGGAAGAAACACAACAGCGAAAGUUUAAUUUAUUAUGAUCACCAUGUGCAUGCAAAUUAUAUUAAGACGAAUGGCAGACAUAUAGAUCCUGUUAGCACUAUACAUGGUAGUAGCAACCAAUGUAAUAAUACUCAUUUGGACAAUUUUCAGAGCAUCUCAUCUAAUAAUAUAAAGUUAAAACAGUAUGAGAUCAAUUCUGGAAAUAGCUACAUGAAUGUGUCGAAAUAUUCAAAUUUCAAGGGAAAAAACUCAUUCACUUAUGAACAGCUAAUCCAUUCAGUUAAUUUAAACAAAUUCAAAGAAAUCAAUAAAGCAAAAAUGAAGAAGAUUUUAAAAAAAUUAGAAAAAUAUAUCAAUGAAAAAAUUCAGAGUAAAAAUAAUAAAAACUUUAAUUAUAUAUAUAUUGUCAAAAAAGAAUUUUUUGAUUAUUAUAUGCAUAUAUUUGAAAAGAACAGAAAAUCCUAUUUUGAUGUUUUUAAUUUUUUAAUAAAAAGUGGUGCAAGGAAAUUGUUGAGUAACUCAAGUAUAAAAGAAAUUAUUUGUAGGCAUUCUUUUGAUUUCUUAAAAUAUAAGAUUUAUUCACAGACGCUGAAGUUGAAAACGAUGAAGGUUAUUUGUUAUGACAAGGGUAACAAGUAUGGGAAGCACAAGAGGGCGGAGCACUUGCCCAGAGGGUUAGAGGCAAAGAUAGAGCCUUCUUCCAAUUACAGUGUUGACACUGUUAGAGGCAAUAUUAAAGCUUGCUGUAGUACCAACAAAAAUGAUAGUAACAAUAACUGCGGUGAUCUGAAACCCUUUGAAGGGGGUCCAAACAGCGAGGACGGAAAUUUGUCCAAGCUCUUGAACAGUUAUGUACAUUAUACCACCAGUAAUUACAACAACAGGAACGAUGACGAGAAUGGUAACAGCGUUGACCAUUGCAAUGAUCGCUGUAGCAGCGGCAAUUUUAAUGAAGUCUUGCUGAAGGUGGAUAGGUACAAGGUGAAUGAAAGAUACCUGAGCAAACUGUACCGCAACAAGAGGAGAUCGACGUUAAGCAGUAUGAUAAAGUGCGACAUAGGGAAAAGGAGAAGCAGAGGUAAAAAGAGCAUACGCAGUAGAGAGCUUGUACUUGCCGCGUACAACUUCAAUGACAGGGGAAGGAACAAGAUUAGCUUAGCCAGUCUUGCAAAUAGUUCACACGUGAGGAGCACCACAAGAAAUAUAAGAAGCAGUAUCGCUAGGAAUGCCGCAAACGUGACAAGCAUGGAAAAAAAGACUAAUGCCGCAAACAUGACAAACAGUGCUAACUUGGUUAAUACCGCUAACUUGGGUAACAGCGUAAUAAGUUUGAGCGGUGUGGAGGACGAAGAGGUGAAGAAGAAUAAGAACAAGCUUAUUUUCACUGCGAAAAAGCAAAGUAACUACAGCAACACAAUAAUCUGUGAGCAGAAAAAUUUAGAAGUGAAUAAGAUAUACUCCUUUGGCAUAUUUAUAGACUACAUUUUUGAAAUUCAUAAUUUUAUGUACGAAGAGAUAAAAAUAGGAUAUUGCCAAAAAUAUUACUUAAAUAACAUGCAGAAGAAAAUAAAGAGAAUAAAAAGAGAAGUAGUAUUACCUAAAUCUAUUAAAUAUUUAGAUAUAAUACCAGAUUAUAUAAAACUUUUUUACGUUUUUAAUAAUAAGAAUUAUGUAUUUAAUUUCUUUUCAAAAAAAAUUCAACUACAACAGUUAACGAGUGCCCAUGACAAGAGCAUAAAAAUAAAAAUGCACAUAGGGUAUAUUAAUGACAAUGAAAAUAAUAUUAUAUAUAAAAAAAAAAAAUUUAAGUUUAGUUAUUUGUUAAGGAUGAGUAAUAGAGGAAACAAAAAGAAGUAUACAAAUAAUAAUAAAAAAUAUGUAUAUUUAGAAUCAAAAAAUUAUGAACAGCUAUGUAAAGAAAUUCCCAAUUUUUUUUAUUUAAAUUUAACGUUCAGGAAAAAAACAGAUGUUCUAAAUGUAAAUUAUGAAAAUAAUUUUAAGCAUAUGAUUGAUAGUAAUGUUUUGCAGCUGUUAAUUUAUUCUUCCUUUUUUUUUCAAAAUAAUUUAGACAAAGAUUUAAUAGUGAAGUCCAAUGGAAAUACUCAGAAAAUAAGUAAACAGUCCAGUAUGUUUUUUGGGGAUAUAGAAAAUAGUAAAAUCAUAUUUGAAAUAACAUGUAAUAAUAAAGUAUUUAUAUCAAAAAAAAUAAAAAUUAAUGAAGUUUGUUUAAAUAAGAAAAUUAUUCUUACAAGUAAAAAUAAAAAGGAAAACAUCUUUCUCUCUAUGAGUAUUAUCUUAAAUGGAAAUAUUUAUAAUACCAAAACGAUCACUCUGAACAACAGAUAUACCAUUGUAAAUAAUACAAACAGAAUCUUAUAUGUACAGGAAGUUAGUAAAGAAUUCAAAAUAACGAAAAAAGACAAAAAAUGUUUCUCUAAUGAUUACUCCUUUUCACUGGAAAAUUUACACAAAAAGGAUAUGAGAUCGAAUGACAAACCGACGGAAAAGAUCAACAUUGUUACUAGUGACUUCAGCGACAAUGGUGAUACAUAUGGAUGUGGAAUGAGCAGUAAGGGGGGGAAAACGGAACAGGGUUAUCCAGACGGUCAUAAUAUGAGAGGCUGUAUGAGGAGGGGAGAGAUAAGCAGGUCAGGGGUAGUGGACAAAAAAGACGACAAUCAGGAAACGAAAAAGGGAUUCCUGGAAAAAGGGGAAAACAACGAACCACUCAGUGUGAAAGAGAACGGAAAAGGUAAGGAAGAAGACAAAAAGGGUGAGAAGCUUGAAAAGGAUGAGAAGCUUGAAAAGGGUGAGAAGCUUGAAAAGGGUGAGAAGCUUGAAAAGGGUGAGAAGCUUGAAAAGGAUGAGAAGCUUGAAAAGGGCAAGACGUUUGAAAAGAGGGGAUAUAACAUAGUAGAAAUAAAACCAUACGAAUCAUUUUAUUAUCAUCCUAAAAAUACAAAUAAGUGUUACUUAAAAUUUUCUUACACGAAUAUUAAUUCUUAUCUAAGAGAUGAGCAUUUCAUCAGAAAUAGAGAAAGCUAUGAAUUUAUAAAUACCCAGGAUGAAGUAACAAAUAUGUUUAGUCAUUACUUAAAAAAGAAAAUAAUUAAGUCGAGAAAUACAUCAAUAAUAAAUGGAGAGAAGUCAGACAGUUUGUCGAAAAAGAAAGAAGAGCUCUUUAACCUGUUCUAUACUAGCCCAGUAGAAAUAGAAAAAAUUGGUAAUUUUAAAAUUUAUCACAAAACUGUAUGUAGGGUUAGAAGAAAGUAUGAGGAGAGGAAAAAUCAAAAUGUCGUCAUCCCUGUGCCUAUUCGUACUGUUAGAAGCACAGAUGUGAGGAACGCAGAUGUGAGGAACGCAGAUGUAAGGAACGCAGAUGUAAGGAACGCAGAUGUAAGGGGUGCAGAUAUAUGUCUUCAGGAUAAUAACCAAACCAUAUUAGUAGAUGGAAUGAAUUUGGCUGAUGAGAGGAGUAACAUAAAUAAUGAUGAUACCAUCUUGUUAGUCGACCGCCAAGAUAAUGAGGAUGAUGUGGGAUCUAAAAGAAGUUCAGAGUCAUGUGAAAAUUUUGUCAUUGAUGUGAAUGCUGAGGAGGGGGCAAACUUGAACAGCUAUGCGGAUGAGGGGAAAUACAAAGGGGAACAAAGCUGUACUAACAAUAAUAAUGGGGUUGCACCAGGAGAUGCAUCGCCAUCAGUUGGAGAAGUCAUUUCUUCGCACUGCAAUAUCGUCAUACCGAUGAGAAAAGGUGGCUUACAUCAAACCCAGAUACAUAAAAAAAACAAUAUGAUGGUAAACUAUAAUGAAAGAAGAGAAAAGGAGUACACAGUUCAACAUAGGAGAGAAAACGACCAUCCGUAUCAUUACGAAUACAAAGAAGAGAGUGUUAUCACUGAAAUAAAUAUUGCACUUAACAAAGACACCAAUGUAGAAAUAAAUAUUUCUAUUGAGAAUAACCCUGAUACUAUAAUUUACAACAAAACAAAUUAUUAUCUAAUAUUUUACCAAAGAAAAACAAAAAAGAAAAUUGUUAAUUUGCUUAAACCUUUCGAAAAAGAGAUAUUUGGAUGGGCUGAUGUAUCUAAGCCAAAGAUUAUUAAGUGCUUUUUAAUUUUUGAAAAAAACGAAGUUUAUGUCUUCUCAUGUAAUGUUAAUAUAGUGAAAGAGCACAAUAAUAUUAUCUUAAAUAAUAAUAGAAAGAUAAAUGUGUUAACAAAAAUUGAAAAUGGUAAAAGAGUAUUCUGUCUAGAGGAACUGACAAAUGAGUAUAGGGAAAAUGCAGUCAUCCCAUUUGUUACUACCAGAGGUUUUAAGAAAUUCAAAGAAAAAAAAAAAAAAUUACAUAAACUGCAUAAAUUAGACAAAUUGAACAAAUUAGACAAAUUGAACAAAUUGAACAAAUUGGACAAAUUGAACAAAUUAAACAAAUUAAACAAAUUACGUAAAAUUAGUUUUUAUAAAAACUUAAAACCAGGAAGUGAUUUAAAAAAAAGUAAAAGACAUAGAAAAAGUACACAACAGGAGGAUGGUAUUGAUAACAGUUUGGCAUUAAUAAAUAAGAGUCGCUUUAAUAUUGUUUAUAUGAAAAAAAAGAAAAGGAAAAAGAAGAAAAAGAAAAAGAAUAAAUAUUUUGGCCUAAGUUCCUUUUUCAUCUUAAAAAGUAUAGACUUAAUGAAUAAGGAAAAGAAAUAUAAGGAUGUUAAGAAAAAAAAAGGAAGCAAAGUAGUUAACAGGAGUAGCAGUCUCAAAAUGGGCGCAAAAAGGAUUAGCAGCUUUAAAGAGGGGGGAACAACUAGCAAAGGUACUGAUAGCAGAGCUGCAGCUAGCAGGGAUGAUGCAGCCAGUAGAAAUGCAAGCGAUAGAAACGCGAGUGAUAGAUGCACAAAAUUGCAUUCCAUGUUUUUAAAAAAGGACGAAAGGAAAUCGGCGCUAUUGAAAGGGUCCUCCAAAAAGUAUAUUAAUAAAUUUUUUUUUGAGAAUUAUUCCAAUACGGGGGAGAUAAGUGAUUCCCUUCUUUUGCAUGAAAUUGAUGACUAUAGUGGGAGAGCUGCGGACCGAGGCAAGCACAAAGGGGAUAGCAAGAAUGGCGUGGACGUUAGCAUGGUCAUUGCCGAUGAUCAUGAUGAUGAUGACCUAUUCACUGUUAAGUACAAAGAGAAGUCAAGUUGUAAAGAGACUGCAGGCGAUGGGCAAUGUAGGGGAAAUUCAGUAAACGGCCUUCACGUAGACAAUGAUGGGGAAAACGAGUCCGAAGAGGGAAAACAUGCGCAUAAGAACUGUAAUAAUGGGCACAGUAGUAAUUUGCAAAAUAGUAAUUUGCACAGUAGUAAUUUGCACAGUAGUAAUUUGCACAGCAUUAACUUGCGCAGUAAUAAUGGGCACUUUAAUAAGGACAACUACUUCAAUACCUACUUCAACAGAGGGAAUGAUGCGCGCUUGAGGGAAUCGAAGAUUCUCUCUAAAAAAAAAAGCAAGAAAAAAAAAAUAAAAAGAAAACUUAGUGAUUACAUAUUUACGAAGAUAAAGAAAAAUCAGAAGAAGUUAAAGGGACUGAAAAAGAUGUACCCCACCUUUUUAAAAAGUAGUAAAAGUGAUGAAUUUAAUGUGUUGAUUAGAACUUACUUAUCAGAUAAGGAAGAUCAAAAUUUAGAAAAGAACCAAGAAAAUGGAAAACAUAACGAAGUGUUGAAUAGAAACAGUAUGAUGACUGCUUCUAAAACUAGUUGUCAUCACCUGUAUGGAGAUAAUCAAGAGGGAAACUCGAAAAUUUUAAUAAAUUAUGAUCACGAUAGGUGUAAUAGGUGUGAAAGCUGCGGAAAGUAUGGUAAGUAUGAAAGCUGCGAAAAGUAUGGUAAGUGUGAAAGCUGCGAAAAGUAUGGUAAGUGUGAAAGCUGUGAAAAGUGUGGUAAGUGUGAAAGCUGCGAAAAGUGUGGUAAGUGUGAAAGCUGCGAAAAGUAUGGUAUGAGGGGCAAGCGGAACAGUGGAGUGAAACUCUUUACAAACAUUCACUUACUAUUACGGGGUAUUAAGAUAAAUUUAUUUGAACAGUCAUCUGAUUAUAUGAUAUCAUUUGAGUUAACAGACUUGCUAGUAAGGAAGGAAUAUAUGGAAAAUAUUGACUAUUACAAUGUUGACAUAAAAAUAAAUAACGUUCUGUGUUAUGCUAUUUAUAAAUAUUUGAGUGCAUAUGCUAUUUUGUUUACAAAUAAUGAUGUGAAUUUGAAGACUAACCAUUUGAGGAUGUUUAUACAUGAGUUAGAAAUGAAAAGAAAUUUAUUUUUAAAGAAAAAAUAUGAUAUAAAAAGUGAUGAUAAUAAUUCUUCUCUCUCUUCUGAAGAAACAAAUAGAAAUAAUAAAAAAUAUGAAAAUUAUGACUUAAUCAUAAAUUCUGCAUUUUUAAUAUGUAAUUUUCAAUAUAUAAGAAAAUGUGAAACACUUUUUUUUAAGUAUUUUUUACUAAGUAUUAAACCGAUUGUUAUUAACGCAGAUAUAAACUCGAUAACAAUUUUGUUUUAUUUUUACAAAACGUUUUAUAAUUAUAAUAAAAAGAAAGUGGAACAAGAUAAUGUGGAAAUCAGUCUGUAUGACUGCAAUGGGGGAAGUAGCAAAAUUAAUAAUAGUGGCAAUAAAAUAGUAAGUGAAGCAAAAGGAAGAAGUUACUACUCAUCCUUGGACCCAUUUGAGACUUUGGAAAAAACUGUAAAUAGGGAAUUAAAAGAGCAGAAGGCGUGGGACGACACGAUGAAUCUUGUGGAUAUCCCAGGGGAGGGAUACUCACGUGAUAAUAUCAAUUGUGGCCAUAGUGAUGGAAAUAACGUUGAUAGUAAUUGCAGUAGUAACGUUAGUAAUUGUAAUUACUGUAGCUACAAUCAUGGCAGUAGUGACAAUGGCAGGGAUAAGGAAAAGAGGCACAAAAAUCAGGGGGUGGAAAAAAGUGAUAUGAACAAGUAUGUAUAUUUACAAUAUAUAAGUAUUGAUAAAAUAAAUAUACUACUAAAUUUUCAGUCAGAAUAUAAAAAGGAGUUAAACAAUCAUGUAAAGGAUUUAUUUUAUAAAGAAUAUAUAAGUGCAUAUAACAAACUAGGGGAUAUAUCAAAUUGUAAUAUCUAUUUGAAGAGUUUAUCAAAUAUACAUAUAUUUACGAAUUAUAAUCUUCUUUUAACGUUUUUACAAAACUUUUAUUAUAAUCAAACUAUUGUUAAUAUUUCGAAUUUAUUAAUCUCGUUUAAUAUUAUUGGUAGUCCUACUUCACUUAUAGCUCAUAUUAAAAAAGCGUUUAAUGAUUUUUUUUACAUUAUUAAUGAAAAUUCUAUUAUUAAAAAAGAAUAUAAUAAAAAUAGUGGGAUACAAGAGAAGAACAGACAGAGGAAAAGAAUAGUAAAAGAUGGUUACAUGUCACCAAAAAUACAAGAAAAAAAUGAUUUGUUAAAUUUACUAAAUAGAUCGAAUGAAAGUUCUCUUAUUGAUGAGAAAGAAGAAAUGAUGAGCAAUGAAAAAUAUAUUAUGCAACUUUUAAAUGAUUAUAAUUCAUCUUAUCAAAAUAAUAUGGUAAGUGAAGAUAACCAUAUGGAUAGUUUAAAAAAAAGCAUAAGUUGGAAUGGUUUUAACAAAGAUUAUGACUACUACUAUGACGAUGAUGAUUAUGGCGAUGGUGUUGGUGUUGAUAUUGGUGAUGGUUAUGGCGAUGAUGGCAAUUCAAACAGUCUGAAUUACUUGUACAGUAAUAGUAACAUAAAAAGUAAAGAGCUUGAAAAUUUAGUAAUAGAUGACAAUUCUUCUCUUAAUUCUGUCGUUUUUAAUAACCACAAAAAUUUAAUUUUACUGAAUGAAGGAGAUACCAGUCAAAAAAAGGACAAAAGCAAAAGUUCGAAAAAAGUUGGUAAGAGAAAUAGCAAUGAUAGGAAUGAUAGCAACAAUAACGACAGCAACAACAACAGUAGCAGAAAUAGAAAAAACUCCAAGAGAAAGGCAAAAAGGAAAGGGGGCCUUAUCCCUUUUUUUAAAAAAUGCGGUUCGGAUAUCUGCUAUGUUAUUUUAAAAGCUAAGAGAUUAUGUAUUGGUAUUUAUGUAUUAUUUUUCCAGCUUAUUAUUUCGUUGCUCUUUUCCAUUACUUUAAUAUUACAAUCUUUGAUUAACUUGAUCGAAAAGAUAAAUAUAAAUAAUGCUGAUAAUGUUUUUUUAGUAUUCAAUAAAAGAUACGAAAGAAAGAAGGUACUUGUAUUCAACAAUAUAGAAGAGUACAAUAAUUUUAAUAUUAUAAAACUGUUUUAUUAUUACAUAAGUAUAUAUAUUAACAUUGUUAGUUUGAUAUAUUACAAUAUUUUGUAUAAAAUAAAGAAGAAUAAAAAAGAUAUAUCAGGGGAAAACAAGAUUUUCAUGACAAGGUUAAAAGUGAAUGUAAAGAAAAAAAGAAAAUUCUCUUUUAUUAUUAACUUCUUUCUAAUUAUAUUAAAUAUUAUAAAUAUAUUCGUCUUUGGUCAUAUAGUUUUUUCUCUUCUUUGUUUGUUAACAAUGAAUAAUAUACUUCAAACUAUAUUGAGACUUUGUAUAAAAUUAGUGUAUUAUCAGCGCAAUAAGAAUUAUUUGGACUUCCUAAAUACAAAUAAUAUAAAUCACAUGAGUAUUGUCAGUUAUAUAAAGAUAAAUCAAGUUUUAAAUAAAUAUAUUGUAUUAAAGGAACCAUUUAAAUAUUUCUUAACCUAUCAGGAUUUUAUUGAUAUAAGAGCGCCCAGAAAAAUGAACUAUUUUGUAUAUACCAAGGAGUUGUUUUUCUACAUUCAGGAAAAUAAAAUUAUUUUCUUAUUCAGAAAAAGUGACUUAAAAAAAAUCGACAUAAUUAUACACACGAUUAAUAACAGUUUUGCGUUAAGCAGCUACAAAAGGAUGAGGGGGAGUAAGAUUGUCAAGAAGACCAGGUCCAAAAACACCCUUUCCAAUCACACCUUAAACAUAGAUAACCUGACUUGUGAAGAAAAUAAUAAUAGUCCUUCCUCAUCGUUUUACAAUAAGAAAAAUACACCAAAUAAUUUAAGAGAAAACAGAAAUAUAAUUUGCUUUCUCAAUUCAGAAUUGGCCUUAACGAAAAGAAAUGAAAUUGUUAAUUUAAAUAAUAAGUAUCAAGAUUAUGUUAUAUCCAUAAAAAUUACGAUAAAAAAUAACAUGAACAUAAUGGAGAAUGUGUAUUAUAACCCUAAGAAAUUUUUUAAGUCCUUCUCAAAAAUUCAAAAAAGUUUUAACAAUAUUUACUUACCAUUAUGUAAAAAUGUAAAUAAUGAAAAUAAAAAUAAGGAAAAAUAUCAUAACAACAAAAAGGGUCAAGAGAAAGUGAAUUUAAACAUGAAACGCCGUAGUUUCCUAGCCCAGUUGCUUUACUUUUUUAAAAGGUCCAAAGAGAGCGAGUCUCAAACAAAAAAAAAAACAGAAAAUGUUGAAGCUACGAAGGAAGAAGGCGUUCAAAAUAAAAACAUAAAAAUGAAAAGCAAGGAUUUCAAAAAGAUAGCCCCGAAAAGUAUUGUUUUUAAAUUAAAUUUUGAUGAUUUUCAAUCCUGUUUAAACAUUUUUGAGUGCUUUUGUCGAUUUGUUAAUAAUAAUUAG